AUUUCACGUGCAGUCUACUAACGCCAACGUGCAUAUGGUGCAAGACAUUGAGCAGUUUUAAACACACGGUUUGUUUCACGUCUAAUCGGACACAAACAGCAGACAAUCGUUGAUGGAGCAGUGAACUUGCAGGAGGAAGCAGGAAAUUGAAAACUUUGGACGGCAUCAUCUUUGUUCUGCUAACAACAUGGACCUCGGACUUCCACUUAGUUCUGGCUGUACUGAAACGCACCAGGUUGACCUGAGAGUGAUUGUGAAAGAAGAAGAUGUAAAAGAGGAGGAAUAUGGUCACAUGAUUUCAUGUCCAGAUGAAGGAGAAAAGCCCUUUGCAGAGCUUCACUGUAAAACUGAAACAGACGUCACAGAGUCACCAAGGUCAACAUACAAUGAACUGCUAGAGACAACAGUGAAGACUGAAGUGAAGAUAGAAGAAGAGGAAGUGAAGAAAGAGGAAGAGGAGGAAGAAGAAGUGAAUAAAGAGGAGGAAGAAGAGGAGGAGGAGCAGCAUGAACAUCUGUCUCCGUACAAUGAACUGCUACAGACCACAGUGAAAACUGAAGAGGAGGAGAAAGAAGAAGAGGAAGAAGUGAAUAAAGAAAAGGAGGAAGAAGAGGAGGAGGAGGAAGAGCAGCAUGAACAUCUGCUAGAAAGUGUAUCAGACCACUCAUAUGCAGUGCAACAGCAGAUCCAUGGACAGAAUGAUGGACUCAACCUGCAGCUGCAAGGAAGGCUGCACCACUGCACUGUGUGCAGGAAGAGCUUCAACACACUUUCUGAACUCGAGAAACACCAGCAAACACACUGCCCUGGUUUCACAUCUGAAAAUCCAUAUGCUGAUACACGCUGGCGAAAAGCCUCAUGA